CUCCUCCCACAGUGUGCUUCGCCCUGAGUGAGUCGCUGUGGUUUCGCUAGUGGAGGAUCCGAGAGGGGAAGCAAGGGCGGCGACACUUGCCGAAUACAAUGCCGAAUAAAACGAAAAAGGACAAGGACUCGUCAAAAUCUGGCAAAGUGGGGAAAAGUGGAGGAGGAGGACAGGAGAAUUCACAGCAUGAGCAGGGCUCCAACAGGAAGAGCGGCAACAGCAUCCCUCCGACCACGCAGCUGCUGAAGGGGAAGCUGCCGGGAGCCCAGACGCCCGUCAAGAAGGACAAGCGGCAGAGCUCCUCUCGCUUCAGCCUUAGCAACAACCGGGAGCUGCAGAAGCUGCCUGCGUUCAAAGAUGUGCCCCCCGCGGAGCAAGAGAAGCUCUUCAUCCAGAAGCUUCGGCAGUGCUGCGUCCUCUUUGACUUCGUUUCGGACCCGUUGAGCGACCUGAAAUGGAAGGAGGUGAAGCGGGCGGCGCUGAGCGAGAUGGUGGAGUACAUCACCCACAACAGGAACGUCAUCACGGAGCCCAUCUACCCCGAGGUGGUUCACAUGUUUGCCAUCAACAUGUUCCGAACGUUGCCGCCGUCCUCCAACCCGACGGGCGCCGAGUUCGACCCCGAGGAAGAUGAGCCCACCCUGGAGGCCGCGUGGCCGCAUCUGCAGCUCGUCUACGAAUUCUUUCUACGCUUCUUAGAGUCGACAGACUUUCAACCGAACAUAGCCAAAAAGUAUAUUGACCAGAAGUUUGUAAUGCAGCUCUUAGAACUGUUUGACAGUGAAGACCCCAGGGAGCGAGACUUUUUAAAGACCACUCUGCAUCGCAUCUACGGCAAGUUCCUGGGCCUGCGAGCGUACAUUAGGAAGCAAAUAAAUAACAUAUUUUAUAGAUUCAUUUAUGAGACGGAGCAUCAUAACGGAAUUGCAGAAUUACUGGAAAUAUUGGGCAGUAUAAUCAAUGGAUUUGCAUUACCUUUGAAGGAAGAACACAAGAUAUUCCUACUGAAAGUUCUGCUGCCCUUGCACAAAGUCAAGUCGUUGAGUGUUUACCACCCGCAGCUGGCCUACUGUGUGGUCCAGUUCCUUGAGAAGGACAGCACGCUCACAGAACCGACAGUGAUGGCUUUGUUGAAGUACUGGCCAAAGACCCACAGCCCCAAAGAGGUGAUGUUCCUCAACGAGCUGGAGGAGAUCCUGGAUGUCAUCGAGCCUUCCGAGUUUGUCAAAGUCAUGGAGCCUCUCUUCAGGCAGCUGGCCAAGUGCGUGUCCAGCCCCCACUUUCAGGUGGCCGAGCGAGCGCUCUACUACUGGAACAACGAGUACAUCAUGAGCCUGAUCAGCGACAAUGCCGCCAAGAUCCUGCCCAUCAUGUUCCCCGCCCUCUACCGCAACUCCAAGACCCACUGGAACAAGACCAUCCACGGCUUGAUUUACAACGCGCUCAAGCUCUUCAUGGAGAUGAACCAGAAGCUGUUUGACGACUGCACGCAGCAGUUCAGGGCGGAGAAAAGCAAAGAGAAAGCCAAAUGGAAGGAGCGAGAAGAAGCUUGGGUCAAGAUUGAGAAUCUCGCCAAGUCCAACCCGCAGUUUCUGAUGUACACCGACCCCGUGGGCUCGGGCGGUCCAACGGACAUGGAGACCGACGGGCCGCUGCUAGACGACGUCAGCCAGCUGGAAAAGAGGAUAGCGGAGGAGGCCACGCAGCUGCAGAAAGACCAGCGACGAGAGCGCCCGUUGAUGCGGAGGAAAUCUGAGCUGCCCAAGGACAUCUCCACCGUCACGGCCUUGGAGCUGCACCGGAGAGCCGAGGAGAUGUUGACCACGCACGACGGCCACUAACCAGCCGAACAGCAGCAUCCGCGCAGGAGAACACAAGGCGUCGCGCCAAUCUCGACCCAGCCCAGCACAACACAUCCGAACCAUCUCACCUCUCAACGCCCCUGCUCCUCCUCGCCUGACGCAAAGAAGCCGCUCAAACAUGGCGGCUUGCCCGGGACAAAGCGGCGCUGGGUCCUCUCAAAUCAGCUCGUCCCCACUCGUCAUCACGUUCUGUUUUUCAACCUCCUCCUUCUUCCUCCUCCUCCUUCGUCUUCUGUGCCCUCUUUGACUUUAGUUUCCAGGGUGCGGUGCUGCCCCCUUCUGGUCAUUUCUCUCAGGUGUUUUGUUCCUUUGUGUCUCUUUCUAGAUGUCAGGUGCUUUUACCAAAAAAAACAAAAACUAUACAAAAAAAAAAAAAGGAAGCCCCCUCCCUUUCCCAGAGGACAUGUCCAGUGUAACGUACGAAUCAUCAGUGGAGGCAAGUUUUUGUUUUUUUAAAUAAUAUGUUAAUUUUAAAAGUUUAGUCCUGAAAAAAAAACUCUUAUUUUGGAGGACAGGUUGUUAAGCUAUAGGGUCUGACAAAAGUGAGUCCACCCCUCACAUUUCAGCAACUGUUAUAUCGUGUCAAGGGACAGUACUAGAGAUAGAUAUACUUUAGAGUAGUCAGUGUCCAGCUUGUAUAGCAGGAUAUAUUGACUGUCAACACACAGCCAUGAUUAUGUGAAUAGCUUGGGCACGCAAUUGAGACCAGCGCACAGUGAUCAUGUCCAAACGAUGUCCUUGGUGUGAGCACCAUUGUUAUCUAGCGCUGCCUUAAUCCUCUUGGAUUCUGUUUGUUGGAAAACUGCCAUGCAGCCCAGUUUCUGCUUCACAGUAUCAGUACAUGCACUUCAUCUUUCCCCUUGACGAACCGCAGUUCUACAAUGUCGCCAGUACUCGUGCACCCCACCACCAUGCUUGACUUUAGGAAAGGCACAAUUAUCUUGCUGCUCACUGGUGUUGGAACUCUUGUUUCCCCUCAAUGAGCCGCAGAUCUCCCAGCGCCGGCAGCAUUCAUGCAUCCCCGGACAAUGACGCCCACACCACCAUGCUAGACAGUCGGCAAGACACAAUUAUCUUGCUAAACAUUUGUGUUGGAAUUCAGGUUUCCCCUCAGUGAACCACAGCUCCUCCAGUAUAGGCAGUACUCGUGUAUCCACAGACCAUGAUGCUACCACCACCAUCAUGCUGGACAGUCUGCAAGAUACAAUUAUCUUGCUAAGCACUUGUGUUGAACCGCAGCUCCCUAGUGCUGGCAGAACUCGUGCUCGUGACUGUCGGCAAGCCGUGAUUAUCUUGCUACUUGUGUUGGAGUUCAUGUAUCCCCUCAGUGAAUCACAGCUCUCCCAGCGCAGGCAGCACUCAUGCGCCCCCAGACAAUGACGCUACCACCACCAUGCCAGACAGUCUGCAGUUAUCUUGCUAAACACUUGUGUUGGAUUGCAGCUCCCCAGUGCCGGCAGCAUUCGUGCACACUACCACACUACCACUGUGCUUGACUGCCGGCAAGACACAAUUCUCUUGCGACUCACUUGUGUUGGAAUUUUUGUUUCCGCUCAACUAACCACAGCUCCCCAUUGACAGCAGCACUCAUGCACCCCCAUACCAUAUCGGUACCCCCCCCCACCAUGGUAGCCACUUGUUUUGCCAGCUAUGUCGACAAUAAUGGCUGUGAGUUGACUCAUUUCCAGAGGGUAGUAAAUCUAUACUGCCAAAAAGCUGUACACUGACUACUCUAAAGUAUCCCCAUUUCAUUAGCGGUGUCGCUUGAGAAGACAUACAUUGGUAAAAAUGCUGAAAUGGGAGGGGGGGUGUAUAUGCUUUUGGGAUAUGAACAUCUCAGUUUGCUUACUCAGCAUCCAGUACAGACUGCCAAUGUGAGGGUCCCGAGAGAUGCCGAAUGGGGGACUCGUCUCCAGCAGGACCACCCAACCCCCCACCACCACCCCGCCCCACCCCGCCCUUCACUCAUACAACCGUCGGUAGGGACGUGACUGCUUCACAUGGAGGUAUGUUUGCUUAGAAAACGCCUUUUAUCGCAGUGCCUUUCAAAAAAUAGAAGAAAUAAAUCAAUGCUAGGAUGUUAGCUGAAGUGGUAGCAGCGCACAGCACAACGAUGUAAGAUGAAAGUCCUCCAUAAGCACACACCUUGCUUAAUCUGACCCCCACCCCCGCAACUUGAACGAACGAAGCACUUCCUGAUACACUUGAACGUUUAAAAGAACAAACUUGUAAGAUCAAGCCACCUUUUGUGUCCGCCCCCACCGCCCUCUCCCCAAAACCCCCCCAGAGCCGCCCACCAGCGCCCCCUUCAACUGAAUGUGCAAAGUGUAAAAAAACUCAUCAUCAUCAUCAUCAGUAUUGUCUAGAUUUAUACCCCCUGCCCCGCCCUGCUGGAUGCUGUCCCCCACCCCCACCCCCCUUCCCAAAAAGGCUUUAAUAUUCGCUUCUGUGGAGGCUCUCCUCAUUCGACAUAAGCUUUUUGUUUGGUCAAAAAAAAAAAAAAAAAAAAAAAAGAAUGCGUAUUUCAAGUGUCCUUUAGUAUACGUCUCGUACUAAACGGCUGAUGAAAUGUUGUACAUAAACUUGAUUAGUUUACCUUGUUAUUAACAAAUGUUUAGAGGUCAUAUUUUGUACAAAAUGCGGCCCCCGCCCCGCCCGCCCUCCCGUGUACAGAAGACAGAGGAAAUAGUCUGUAUGUGGCACAGACCUCAACAUUUAGAAGUCGUCUAGUUUAUUAUUUUUGUUAUCAAUCAUCGUGUCUCCAACCUCUCCAACGUACAUAAAGCUUUUUGUGUGUGUGUGUGUGUGUGUGUGUGUGUGUGUGCGCGCGUGCGUGUGUGUGCGCGCGUGCGUGCGUGCUUUUAUCCAAAACUCCAGUGAUGUACAUCUAUCUAUAUACAGCAAAUAAAGAGAACAUGUGACUUUUAUAUUUUCAUCCUAAAAAAACACAAA